AUGUACAAACCUCACACCAAAAGGGUAAAAGCUGCUGCUGUGCAGAUGUGGACUUCAAAUCUCUGCAAGAUCAGACAAUCUCUUAAAAAUGUUUACCAUAAAUGUAAGAUUUGGCACCCAUAUCCAUCCUAUGACUGUGAUCAAGAUGACAUUAGUUCCGAUGAAGAAAUGAAUCUUACAAUAAUGCUUCAAGAUGUUAGAACUACCCAAAUUAAACUCCUCAGCCGAAUGACUGACGUUGUGGGUGCAAUAUCAAAAAUCCAGGGAAAAAUUGACUGUUAUCAGAAGCAGAUGGAAGUACUGGAAACCAGAAUGGAUGUUAAGGAAGACAAACAAUCCACAGCAACUAAAGAUAUCCUCUCUAUGAAAGAUGACAUUGAGGUUUUAACGAAGAAGGUAACAGAACUGGAAAACUGGAAUUCUUGCUCCAGCAUACAUUGUUUAGAAGUUCUAGACAGAGAAAAGGGUAAAGAAAUCAUAGAAUUGCUUCACAAACUCAUACAACCAGAAACUCUAAAGAACACAUCAGCCUCCAAGGACUCUGAAAUCCCUUCAGCAGGACCAGAGAAAGUGCCCAGUUAUCCAAAGCCCACUGAGCAUCUUGAGGAAAAAACAAUUUCUCCCAAAAGUAAAACUCUAGAGAAAAAUAACCAUCAAAAUGUAUCAAGAAGGUUUAAAAAGACAAAGUCAAAUAUUUACAUUUACCCAGACUUUGGUACAUGGAUCAAGUUAACUUUUGUUCAUGGAGGGAAGUGGACCUUUUUCCUCAGUGCUACCAAGUUGGAAGAAUUCAUCCAGUGGCUUCUUUCAAGACCACCCAUUCUUCCUGAGGAGCCACAGUCCAUAACCCAGAGACCUUGCCCAUUCGCUGGACCUAUUGUAAGCUUGACCACAAUCUGUCUCUCUGUUUUCAACUAUAUUUACUGCCUUUUUGGUUUCUCAAAAGAAGAAAUAACUCGACUCUAGAGUUAUUUUCUGCUUUGCUUGGUAUAAAACAAAUGUAACCUGGUUGCUCCAAGCAUUC